GGACGACUCAAGAAACUCGCAUGUGAAUAACUUAUGCGGGAUGAUUGAUUUUUUGAUUAGCGCAAAGAAAAUCAAACAACUGAACACAGACGUUCUCCAAUAUAUAGGAAAGACGGUGUGAGUUUGGGUGUUUUGUGACGAGGACAAGUUGUUCCCAAGUCUCUGGGUGUGAUCACCGGCUCUCCACGCACGUGAUGAGUAAAACCCAUCAGUCAUUUCAGUAGGCAUGCUGGUCCUCUUCAGUCCCCUACUAGAUCUGUCUGAUGAGUGGGCCGCCCUCACGUCCCGCAUCACUCUGCCACGCUCUCCACCUGCACCUGUCGGACGUUAAUGGGCAAUAAUCGACGCGUUCGGGGAGAGAGAGAUGGUGGCGGCUGCUCGGUUCAGCACGCUGGACAGCGCUCGUGGAAGUUGGAGGGGACGCACGCGAAUUUAAUUGGAAAAAAAGGGCGCCGCUGGAGAGAUGAGCGACGGGUGACAAUGGUCGAUCUGAAGUGCGUGCUACCAACAACAGGCGCAGGUAACCCGAGAGCGGACUUUCUGGAGUGAGACAUGGACUUUGCCGAAACCCUUUUCGCUUUGUUCAUCGUCGCGGUCGCGCUCGUCUCGCUGUCGUCAAACUUGUUGGUGCUGCUAUGUUUCGUCCACAGCGCCGAGAUACGCCGACAGGUGCCCGGCGUCUUCACCAUGAACCUGUCCUUCUGCAACAUCCUCAUCACGGUUCUGAACAUGCCGGCCACCCUGGUGGGGAUUAUCAGGGACCAGCAGCCGUUCGGGGACUGCGUGUGCCACACGGUGAGCUUCCUGGAGACCUUCCUGACCGCGAACACCAUGCUGAGCAUGGCGGCUCUCAGCAUAGACCGGUGGAUAGCGGUGGUGUUCCCGCUCAGUUACUCCGCUAAGAUGCGCUACAAGGACGCGCUGAUCAUGGUGUGCUACUCCUGGCUGCACUCCUUCACCUUCUCCCUGACGGCGCUGCUCUUCUCCUGGGUCAACUACAACCACGCGUACGCGUCCUGCACCUUGCAGCCGCGCGAGGAAGGCGGCGACCGGAUUAAGUUCGCGAUCUUCACCGUCGUUUUCCACGCCACCAGUUUCAUCCUGUCGCUGCUUAUUUUGUGUUUCACCUACUUGAAGGUGCUGAAAGUCGCCAGGUUCCACUGCAAGAGGAUUGACAUUAUCACCAUGCAGACUCUUUUCCUGCUGGUCGACAUUCACCCGAGCGUCAAACAAAGAUGUUUAGCGGAGCAAAAGAGGAGAAAGCAGAGAGCCACAAAGAAGAUCAGCAUCUUCAUCGGCUCGUUCAUCAUCUGCUUUGCUCCUUAUGUAAUCACAAGGUUGGCCGAGCUCAUACCCUUCGUGGACAUCAACCGCCACUGGGGAAUCAUCAGUAAGUGCCUGACAUACAGCAAGGCUGCGUCCGACCCCUUUGCCUACUCCCUCCUACGUCAGCAGUACAAGAAGGUCCUGGUUACUGUCGUCAACAGGCUGCUCCGCCGUGACCUGUACCCCUCGUCUGGCCACAACAGCUCUUUAGACACGGAGAACGACUACUGCCUCCAGAGGAUCAGCUAAUGGCAAACGCGUGGACACGGCAGAGACACACUACAGGCCAAAAAUAAAGGUUGCCUCUUGGAAGAAGGUGUGGGCGGAGGAAAAGGACGAGGAGAGAGACAGAGAGGACAGGAUAUUGUUAGACGGGGAGAAGAGAGCAGAAAUAGGGGACAGGUUGUGGGUGGGAGGGGUGAAGAGAGAGCAUAAGAAAGGAAGAUAGUGGGCGGGGAAGAAUGAGAAGACAGUAAUGAGGGGGAGGAUGAAGCGGUGAAGGAAAGCAGAGAUAUGGAGCGAUGGAGACGUUGGCUUCAGACGGUAUUGGCAAACAAGUGAUCUGUGAUUCAUUGGCGAUGGGCGGAACACACAAAGCGCACACAGAUCAGACACAUCAAUUCCAUCGAAUAAGUCACGGGUUCAGAUUCAUCUACAGGUGAAGGAACACAACAGCUGGACACCGGCUCCUCCUUCUCUUUGAGCCACAUGUGUAAAGUGGCCUUUUGUACUCUACCGACCACUUUGUAAUGAUUUCUGCAAAUCCACAUGUAGUGACCUUUCCGCCGCUACAAAAACGCAGGGACGGAGGUAGAAGCUGAUGGUCGACAGGUGCCGGAGCGAAUAUGUGAAGAGAAGGAGAGACGAUGUUGCUCCUGCUUCUGGAUAGCGUACUCUUACUGUACGGAGACUCAACUGCUGCACAUUAUUGCCAUGUUCUGUAUCGACCAUGUUAGACUACUUUGCAGUGUCAUGUCAGUCACUGAAUAUUGAUGCACUUUGUCUAAUUCUCUCAGAGCUACUAUAGUUACAGGAGCCAAAGGCAAAGAACAUUUACACCAUGAUAUUAAAUGGUGAGGUUGGUGAUAUUCCAUGUUUUUCUUAUUGUCAACAAGUGCAAUGAGAAGACCAAACACCAAGUUCCUAAGCCACUUAGUCUGCAAAGCAUGCUUGGACACAUGUUUAUUUAAUUAAAUCGAACUCCCUCAUGAUUUAAACCAGCGCUCUCACACCUCCAGGGAUAAUGUGAUUUGAGAGUUUAUUUGAAGAUUGAGAUCUUUGGCUACACUCAUGUUAGUAGGAUCAAUUCAUCAUUGGUUUUGGUCCUUUCAUGGGAUUUCUUGAAAGUAAGAAAAACAGAAAAUCACCCGACUUCUCCUUUUAAGUGUGAGUUUGAAACUGAAUGUAGUAAAGAUAGCCCACGUUUGACUGAAAGGUAUUUGUACGACUGUGCUUAGUUUUGCCAGUUGACUGGAGAAGAUGUUUCUAUGGAUAUUUACAAUAUAUUAUUAUAUAUUUUGCAUUGUAAAGGAACAACUUUUUGUCUAGAUAAAAGGGAAGCAAUGUGGUGUAGCAUAGGAAUGCUUUCAAAGUGCUUUAAACACACCGUUUUGUGUACGUGCCAGAUUUGAAUAUGUGACUUUUUCAGAGGUUCUAUACUUUAACCAGAAUAGCUGCUUUAUUAUUAAAAAUCUAUUUCUUUUGGAUGUUCUUUAUACACAUGUUUUUUCCUCCCCUGUAAGCCUCUUGCUCUUUUUUGGCAGUGAUAUUAGCUGUAAGUGGAAUAUGUGCAAUAAAAGCUGUCAAUUAUAAAGCUUUUACAAAUAUUAAUGUUCUCACAGUAAUGCCAUUGAAUCUAGAUAAUGUCCUUUGAUUUAAUUUGUAAGUUUGUUAAUUAAAUUCAAACAGUUAAAGGUCUUGGACACUAAAUGACAAAUAGUAGGUCUUUUUUUUCAAAUCGAGAUCAGGAUGAUGGAAAAAUCAUCUAUUUAAUAUUUGAAAUUGAUGGAUACAGGUAUACUUGAAAGGAAUCAUAACUUAUUGACCGUCAUCAUGUUUCUGCAUCACAUUGUUUUGUUUGCAUCUGCUUUGUGCCCCUAAUUAUUUCAAAGAUGAUAUAUAUGGUGUAAAUGUCUCUGUCAGUAGCAUUUUUCCCAAGUGUAAUUAAAGAGACGGGUCAAAGA